GCCGAGACAAUAACAUCACUCACGUAAAAAAACACGGGAAAAAAAAAGGAAAAAUUCUAAUUUGAUUUCGUUGCAUGCAGUUAAUCUGGGCCCCUGUAAGCGUGCACUUGCAUAAGUUUUGGCUUCAUCGCUCUCGUAUUCUGCCGCUUCAAAACUCUUCCACCGACAAAUUCUCUCUCCGGCGUGCACACACACAGAGAGGUGAAAACGUGUAAGCAUUAUUCUGCUCACCUACCUCUCCUUCUCUCCCGCUUUUCAACAUUUUUAAUAAUCCUCCUACAUUGUUGUUGAAGGGUUGUGGAACACGUUAUACAAACCCCAUUCUGAGUUUAUCUCCUGCUGUCAAUUAAAUUUUACCUAACAACCAAAAUCAGAAGAAAUUUCUAACAAUUAGCUGCCUUCUCUCUUUCUCUCUCUGGGGGACACCGGCAUAUUCUUUCUCAUGAAUCUAUGUUUGUGUGAGUACUAUACUUUACGUUGGGGUUGUCAUAUCAAGACAUGGUGGCUUUGAAGGUUGCGCCUAUCUGGGUUUAUAGCGCCAAUGAUAGAAAAAACUUCCCAUUUUCUGAAUUGGGCCUCUCAGAUUUGGUGUGUAAAAACGGAGGGAGUACUGCGUUCUUGAAUUUGAGGAUUCGAAGAAAUUGGGAGUGUUUGAGUGCGUCCUCUCAAAGGGCGACCACACCCGUAGAAGAUGAUACCCCUUUGACGCCUGGGUUUGCCGCCCCUGUUGGAAACGAAAAGGCCACUCAGAUCAACGAGCGCAGGAGGUUUCAUAAGGAUUUAAACUCUCUUCCAAAACCCCUGUCUGCAGCCAAUCUUAACCCUUCUCUCAGUGAUGGUUCAAAGGUCCGGAUUGCAUACCAGGGGGUUCCAGGUGCUUAUAGUGAGACUGCUGCAGUAAAAGCUUAUCCAGAGUGCGAAACUGUCCCAUGUGACCAGUUUGAGGCUGCAUUCAAGGCUGUUGAAUUGUGGUUGGUGGACAAAGCAGUACUUCCCAUUGAGAACUCUGUUGGGGGUAGCAUCCACCGUAACUAUGACUUGCUGCUCCGUCAUAGGCUUCACAUAGUAGGAGAAGUUAACUUAAAAGUGAUUCACUGCCUUUUAGGACUGCCUGGUGUUAGAAAGGAGGAGCUAAAGCACGUGUUGAGCCAUCCACAGGCUCUAGAUCAAUGUGAGAUCACAUUAAACAAGUUGGGUGUUACCAGAGUCAGUGCUGAGGAUUCGGCUGGUGCUGCUCAGGUUGUAGCCUCUGCAGGGGUGAGAAACACUGGAGCAGUUGCAAGUGCUCGAGCUGCAGAAAUCUAUGGGCUUGAUAUUCUUGAGCAAGGAAUUCAGGAUGACUCUGAUAACAUUACCCGUUUUCUGAUACUUGAGAGGGAACCUAUCAUCCCAGGAACAGAUAGACCUUUUAAGACUAGUAUUGUAUUCACUCUGGAAGAAGGACCUGGGGUUCUUUUCAAGGCCUUAGCAGUGUUUGCUCUGAGGGAAAUUAAUUUAUCAAAGAUUGAGAGUCGGCCGCAGAAAAGACACCCGCUUAGGGUCGUUGAUGACUCUAACAAGGGGAGAGCCACGUACUUCGAUUAUCUCUUUUACAUUGACUUUGAAGCAUCUAUGGCAGAGCCUCGUGCUCAAUACGCUCUGGGACAUCUUCAGGAAUUUGCAAGGUUUCUUCGAGUUCUUGGUUGCUAUCCUAUAGAUACAGUUAAAUAGGUGGGGGGCCCUCAAGGUUGGGGUGCAACCUUUUUUUUUUUUUUUUUUAAAGUUAAAAACCCCUGAAUUGGAUUAUUUUGUAUUUAUUCAAUUCUCAACCAACAAGAAAGGAAUGAUUCAGAUUCAUAAGUGGACACAAUCUUCUUUAGGUGGUUAAGACGCAGUUUCCAAAGACUUCGUCUGAACAGUGCACAUGGAUACCUUUCUCCAUCAGGGUGUUAUCUUCUGUUUCUUUCACAAUUUGUUUUACCUUCAACUAGGAGGCCUUAUUAACUUGUAUACAAGUGGAGAGAGACAUUCCCAGAAACGUGUUAUGUGUAUAUUUAGAAGUUUAUUCACCUAGGGUAACGGUGGUUAUGUUUUGUAACCACAGAAUUUGAACAAA